AUGACCAAAAACCAGAUCUUGUUCUCGGUCGAUAACCAAACACCGUUCACCCUAGUCCCAAACCCAACAACAUUCAGUGACUGGGGCGACUUUGCCGCAGGCCCAACAUCAGUAAGCUUUCCUACCAAAAAACCCCGAACCUCCAUGCUAAAAGGCAUCAAGGUCAAACCUUUCCAGAAAGGAGACGGCGGCCAUGUAAUGUCUUCGCAAUCACCGUUCGUCGGCUCCGCAGGAAUAGUCGGAUAUUCAUUCACCAGCAAGAAUGGCGCCACUGUUUACAUUCGUCUUCUUGCGAGUAACCCGUACCUGAGCGUUCGCGACAACUGGGCAUGCGUCUCGUUUGCUUCCUUCGACCAGGGUAUCAACCAGGAUGCUUAUAAUCACCAUUAUUAUAAUGAACCCCGUCACGCCAGCAUGGAAUUCGAAGGGAGGACCCUUAAAGUGAGCAUCCGCCAGCGAGAUCUUGACGGACGACUGAUUUUGAUGUAG